AUGUCAUCACAACCGACAACCUCAUCAAACACAACUGCUGUAAGCGACUCCAAGCCCAAACGAAACAGGAUAAAAGAGACAUGGGCUUGGAUUUCUGCACAGUGGUUUCUGUUUGCUUUGGGAGCAUCGAUCGGACUCGCAGCUGCCUUUCCACGGCUAGGACAGAAGGGAGGGUACAUUCGAUCAGAGUAUAGUGUCCAUUAUGGAGCAACGGGGAUCAUCUUCUUGCUAUCAGGCCUAUCACUCAAAACAUCCGUCCUAGGCAAGACCCUCCUACAAUGGCGAACCCAUCUCCUCAUACAGCUCUUGUCUCUCGGCGUAUUUCCAGCUGUCGGCUUCGCAAUUGGCAAGAUCUUGCUCGCGCUGGGUUACAAUCAGGUGCUGGCGCAUGGACUUAUGAUUGCACUUGCAACUCCAACAACGAUCGCUUCAAACGUGACAAUGACCAAGAAGGCUGGUGGUAAUGAGCCUGCAGCGUUAACGAAUGCCGUGAUGGGGAAUAUUAUUGGUGUUUUCUUGAGUCCGGUGCUCAUCAUUGCAUUUACUGGAGGUCCAUCAAGCGGCACAUCCUCCUCCGUCCAAUACGGCGCGAUCUUCCUCGACCUAACAUACACGGUCGUAAUCCCUCUCGUAAUCGGCCAAAUAAUCCGCUUCCUCUUCUCCGAUUCCGUCGAAUGGCUACAAGCACGCAUCAAAUUCGGAAUGAUUUCGUCUAUUUGUCUCCUCUUGCUAGUAUGGGCGGCAUUCUGUGAUACUUUUGCCGGUGGAAGUACGAGUCUGGUUGGGGGUGCUGAUAUGGUGGUGGUGAUAUUGCUGAAUUUGGUGGUGUUUGUGAGUUUCUCGGGCGUUGCGUUUGGGAUUUCGAGGGUGAGGUGGUUUGGGUUUACGCCUGCUGACACUGUCGCCAUCGUAAUGUGCGCCGCUACAAAAACAGUAUCCCUCGGCGUGCCCCUCAUACAAGUAAUCUUCGCCAACGACCCCACAAAAGGAAUCCUCGCAAUCCCACUUUUAAUGUAUCACGCAAUCCAACUCCUCAUUGGUGCCAUAUUCGUAACGCUCUUCCAAAAAUGGAUUCAGAAACUCAGUAUAAAGGCACGAGAUGAGGAAAUGAAUUUAAAGAAUGUGUCGUUGGAGAGCGUGGAUGAUGGUGUGAUGGGAGUUGAUGAGAGUAGUAGUGGUGCUAGUAGGGGAGAGAAGAAGUCGUCGGACGAGGAACGGAAUGAGAUUAGUGACGUUGAUUUAUCAGAGUCGAGAAGUGGGAGUAGAGAGGGGGAUAGAAAAUAG